UAUUCCUUAAUUCAGGGUCUCAUACACUUGAAAAGCUAAAAGUUGAGACAAAUAUACCUUACCUUUCUUCCAAGAAGCAUCUAAAAACACAAGCUUUAUCAAGCACCACUCACACGCUUGUAUCACACCAAAAUCAUUUAUUUCACUCCUCUUAAACUCUCUUCCUCUUUCACAACAUCAUUGUAACACUUGCAGAAUCCUCUUUCCUAAUUAACAUCACUCCUCUUUCCUACAAUUUACUGUCAUAGAAACAUAUGCAGCACCAAACAUGAAGCUCAUAAAAUGUCUACAUCAUCACCAUUUUAUGCAAAUAAAAACAUUAGCCAUACUAUUGGCAAUAACAUUUGUUACAAAAGUCUCAUGUCAGGAUCAAAAUACACUACAACUGCCAGUGCCAUCACCUGCUGAUGCUGUGGCAGGGCAACUCUGCAUAAGUGAGUGUGGCACUUGCCCUGUCAUUUGCUCAUCAUCACCACCACCAUCACCCUCAACUGACCUCACACCAUUACCUCCACCGUCAUCGAAGUCACCACCACAGGCACCACCGUCUCUGCCACCGGAAACCAUCCAACCGCUACAACCGCCACCAACAAAACUUCCACCACUGCUGCCAAUACCACCACCACCUGGAGGCAACAUGCCGCCACCGUCUCCCAAGGUGUCGCACCCACCACCACCACCACCAUCACCACCGUCCUCGUCCUCUGGUGGAUCACCAAAGAGCAGUAGUGGGGGUAGUUCUAGUCAUUCUCCUCCUAGUACUAGUAGUCCACCAGUUUCAUUUCCUUUGGUGAUAAAUCCAGCUGGUCCUUCCCCUCCUUAUCCAUACUACUACUUCUAUGAGUCCAGUGCUGCAUUUUCAUCACUUUCUUUGACAGUUUACUUUUCUAUUAUUGUAAUCUUUGCCUUUAAUGUGCAUGUCUUUACUUUCUAUGAUGACUUCAUAUGAUUGGGAAAGUUGAUCAUCAAGAGAAUAUAGUUUUGCAUUAUAUUUUUCA